AUGCAAAGCCUGUCAUGCAUGCAGGCGCGCGGCGAUUAUCGAUGCUCACGCGGAUGCUCGUGCGCGGGCGCACCGCAACGUCAGUCGCGGUAGUCAAGUCAACGCGUUGCCGGCACUGGAGUCUUGGUCCGAGUGCGGCUGCUAUGGACGCAUUCACAUUUGGCCCGACGUCAUGCGACAGCAGCGAGCGAGCGGCAAGCUGGUCCGCUCGGUGUUAGGAUUCAGGUUCAGAUUGGCAUUGGUGAUUUCCUAA